AUGGAUUUUAUCGAAGAGAGUCGUGACUUACAAGUACUGGAAGAUGCAAUACGAUAUUUUGUGAACACCAAUGUUCAACAAAACGAACAUCAACAUCCGAGAAAGAAGAGGAUAACUGUGCCAAGGGAUCGUGAAGCAGCUCACGAUAGUUUAGUUGCAGACUACUUCAGUGACCAACCAAUGUACAACGAAGAUAAUUCCGACCAUCCAAAUGCAGCGAUGCGACUAGGUGCUUCAGCUGUUCAAAAAUGCACAGCGGCUAUAAGGAUGUUAGCCUAUGGUUGUGAAGCUGACCAAGUUGACGAGUAUCUAAAACUUGGUGCAUCCACAUCUAGAGAAUGUAUUACAAAAUUUGUUGAUGGAGUGAUUGCUCACUUUUCCAUUGACUACCUUCGUAAACCAACACCUGAAGAUGUCCAACGUCUUCUUAGAGAAGGGGAGGAAAGAGGUUUUCCUGGCAUGUUGGGGAGCAUGGAUUGCAUGCGUUGGGUGUGGAAAAAUUGUCCAGCUGGAUGGAAAGGUAUGUAUCAAGGUAGAUCUAAAACAGCGACUGUGAUCUUAGAAGCUAUUGCUUCAAGGGAUUUAUGGAUCUGGCAUGCUUUCUUCGGGACACCAGGGUCGUGCAACGACAUAAACGUACUUCAACGUUCCCCGGUUUUCGAUGAUAUUAUAAACAACCGAGCUCCACAAGUUCAGUUCACCGUGAAUGGAAAUACUUACAAGAAGGGGUAUUAUCUCACUGAUGGGAUUUAUCCAAAAUGGUCCACGUUUGUGGAUACCAUUACUGCCCCGCAAACCUAUAAGCAAAGGUUGUUCACCAAACGCCAAGAGAGUGCUAGAAAAGAUGUUGAGCGUGCAUUUGGAGUGUUACAAGCACGAUUUGCAAUAAUUAGGAAACCUGCUUUGGCAUGGAACGUUGAUAUGCUAUGA